ACUGAUCUUUUGUGGAUCACAUAUGAGGAACACAUUCGCUCCAAAUAGCCGUCUUAGAUGAUGGCUCCAACUAAGAUGAAGCUACGUGUGCGAAAGCGGGAGGGGCAAGCAAGCAACAAGUCCUCACAGCCUCUCCUCUCUGACGCUUCGCCGGACUCUAAAUGCCCCAUCUGCCUGGACCGCUUCAAUAACGUGGCCUCCCUGGACCGCUGCCUUCACCGCUUCUGUUUCCGUUGCAUCCACGAGUGGUCAAAAAACAAAGCUGAGUGUCCACUGUGCAAACAGCCUUUUCAUUCCAUUUUCCAUUCUGUCAAAGCCGAAAACGACUUUAAAGAGUUUGUCCUGAGGCCCAUGGAGAACGGCGCCGUGCCACCCGCUGACGCUAACGUCAACCCGACCAAUCGGAUACUGCGCCCACGGGGCCAAAGAGAUGUGGCCAGCAGGAGGAGCCAGAGACAACGUCCUGUACCCCCGACGACACCGCCUGAUAACGGGGUCAUGUUCGAGAGUCUUUCUGAAUCUGCCACUUUGGCUCAGGAUAGAGGCAUUCACCGCAUGAUGCAGCGACUGGCGGCGAGGAGGCGGGCUCAAGGUGAGGGACGGGGACUGCGGGAGAGGGACGUGGUGGCGUUUCGCCGCGCUCUCUACAGGGCAGGCGUCCGGGUGCGUAGCGUACGCGACGCUGGAAGGCACAGAGACAUCUCGGCGACGUUCCUGCGGCAGAACCCGGCGUGCCUGCAGAGGCUGUUACCGUGGCUACGCCGCGAGCUGACAGUGCUUUACGGCUCGCACGGUUCGCUGGUCAACGUGGUGCAGCACGUCGUCAUGUCUCGCGUCACACACUAUAACAUGGAGGAGAGCGCCAUCAGAGACGAGCUUCGGCCGUUCCUGCUGGCACGAACCGACCACUUUCUGCACGAGCUGAUCAGUUUCGCCCGGUCUUCCCUCAGCAUGGAGGCGUACGACCGAAACGCUGUCUAUGACUGUCCAGCGCCGUCCUACGAGGAAGGCAGCAGCUCCGACUCCUCCGUCAUUGCCAUCUCAGAGGAUGAUGCGGAUGGCGACGAGGAAGAGGAGGUGAGGGGAGAAAGUUUGGCUGAGCACCAACAGGCAGUUUCCGUGGCAACCAGCACAGAGAGCACUCUGAGCCAGACCGCUUGGGACGACGAGACCCCCGGCCCCUCUUACUCCACGGCGGAACAUUCCGUCUCGCCCUCAACCAGCCAGUCACAAGCUGAGAGACCUGAGACAAGCACCACGAUCGCGUCGUACGACGGCCCCGCGCAGACAGACCCUCCAGCUGGCCCCAGUGCCGCUGCGCGUUCAGCUGAGGAAGAGGAGGAUGAGUGCAUGAUUGUGGGCUAUGUGAAACCUAUGGCUGAACGGACUCCUGAACUCGUACAGCUCUCCUCUGACUCUACUGAAGAGGAAGAGGAAAAGGUUGACGUAGAAAAAGUAACCCCCGCAGCAGAGACGUUAACAUCAGGGCUGGAGCCCCAGCACUUAUCUCUGAACCUCCCCUCCCUCCCCUCCACUCUCAUUCCCUCCGUUAGUACACUUAGAAGCCCAGAGACUCAGAGAAACAAAGUGACUGCAGACCACACAUACACACACCACACAUAUACCAGAGAGCAAGAGGCUGUGAGACAUUCCCAAUCCAGAAGCAACGCCGUAAGACGGCGACGUAAACGUUCGAGAGAAAGGACAAGAUCGCAGUCUAGUAGCCAAGAACAUUCUAGCAGAGAGCAGCCACUUCCAGGUGAUUUGUCCCGAGGUAGAGACAGGUCACACAGACACUCAAGAACUAGAGAACAGUCAAGCCAGGAGAGGUCAAGGAGACGAUCAAGGGCUAGGGACAGCUUAAAUCAUAAACGGAAACAUAGACAUUCAGGGAGCAGUGAUAGGUUGAGUAGAGAGUGUUCAAAUAUUACUAGUGAGUCGAGGAGUAGAGAACCAUCUCUCAAAAGUUGGUCAGGCAGGAGGGUUAGCUCCUCUUCCAGUGAUUUGGAAGCACCCAAAUCACUGGACAGAGGACGCCCACAUUCCAAAGAUAGGAUUUUGUCUUGGAAGAGCGACAGGGAUUGGGAGCAUUCCCACGGCCAUAGUCGCUCCCAGUCCUCUCUAUACUGGUAUUCGCACGGUCAAGAAAGAGAGAGAGAAAGAAGGAGAGAAAGAGGUAGGGUGAGGAAAAGUAGAAGUCGGUCUUCUCGAUCUGACUCUUUCCACAGUUCUGAUCCGAGCCGUCGUUCCCGGAGCGAAAGCGACAGCAGCUGGCGGGAAUCUCAUAAGUCUCGAUGUCGACGUUCCAGAAGCCAGUCUAGCACCGACUCCCGCUACGAGAGAUCCAGGCACGACAAGCCUGGAGGCAAACGUAAGUAUAAAACACGGCAUCUGGAGCGAGCAGCCCAGGAGAGAAGCACCAGGGAGAAGGAGGAAGGAAGCAGUUGGGCACGUAGGGGCAGUCGAAGCCCCAGCGUCGAGAUCAUCUUUGAACGUCGGGCCCCAGACACACACUCACGUACGCAUACGCAUUCACGACAAAAGAAGAAGCGGAGGCAUAAGAGGAAGAGAAGGGAACAGCGGUCACCCACGGUCAUCACCAUCGACAGUGACAGCGACCGUACCAUCGACUGCAUGGACCGAGUCUUGGAUCUGACGGAGCAGACAGUCAGCAGAGUUAAUGAACAGGAGGUGGAUUUAAGUGACCAUGAGUUGAACGUUAGCGAACCAGAGAUGAACGUUAGCGAACCAGAGAUGAACGUCAGUGACCAUGAGUUGAAAGCGUGUGAAGGAGACAUAAACGUCAGCGACCCUGACAUUAACUCGAGUAACCACUGUGCGGUUCCUGCCACUGAAAAUGUUUUUGGUUCUUCCAGCCCAGGUAGGCCCUCCAAUCCUUCCCCCGAAUCCCUGGACCAUACCCUGAACUUGAACAAAUGCACAGUAGACGUAGUAAGGCCCAGUCCCUCGAAGACACUUGAUCACCCUGUGGGCAUGGCUGACAGUUUAACGGACAAAAAGGACAGCGUUACAACCACUGGCCCCGAUCACAAGGCUCCAUUAACAACCGGGCAGCCUUCAGACAUGACUCUGUUAGAAUCCAUUCUCCAGGAGUUAGAGGAUUUCCUCCCGGAGGAGGGUGGGGCAAACAGUGACCGUGCCAGUCCAGAAAUCAGGGCUGACCAUGAGGAGAGAACAGUUACACCACACAGCAGCUACACUGAGGCAGAGAGAGAGACAGGUAGUGCAGUGGACCAAACAGACAACCAGCUUGAAGGACAAGGGACAUUAGAGGUCAACACUGCCUGUUACAACUAA